GUCCAUAGAGGAGGCGACACCAGGACUUCCAAAUGAACAACCGAAAGGAAGAUAUGGAGAUCACAUCCCACUACCGCCACCUGCUCCGUGAGCUGGAUGAGCAGAGGCAGCAUGGCGUGCUGUGUGAUGUCUGUGUCGUCGUGGAGGGCAAGGUCUUCCGGGCGCACAAGAAUGUCCUGCUCGGCAGUAGCCGCUACUUCAAGACGCUCUACUGCCAAGUCCAGAAGACUUCCGAUCAGGCCACUGUCACUCACCUAGACAUCGUCACAGCCCAGGGCUUCAAGGCCAUCAUUGACUUCAUGUACUCCGCCCACCUGGCCCUAACCAGCAGAAAUGUCAUUGAGGUGAUGUCCGCUGCCAGCUUUCUGCAGAUGACGGACAUCGUGCAGGCAUGCCACGACUUCAUCAAGGCUGCACUGGACAUCAGCAUCAAGUCGGAUGCCUCCGAUGAGCUUGCAGAGUUUGAGAUGGGUGCCCCGGCUGGUGGCAGCACAGAAGCACUGAUCUCUGCUGUGAUGGCGGGAAGGAGCAUCUCCCCAUGGCUGGCUCGGCGAACCAGUCCUGCCAAUUCCUCUGGAGACUCGGCCAUUGCCAGCUGCCACGAAGGGGGUAGCAGCUGCGGGAAGGAAGACCCAGAGCCCAAGGCUGACGGCUCCGACGACAUUUCUUCACAGCCCCUGUGGGCUGGAGAUGUGGGCUUUGGGCCUUUGCACAUCAAGGAAGAGCAGAUUUCGCCACCUCAGUAUGGAGGCAGUGAGCUACCCUCUGCCAAGGAUAGCACAGUGCAGAACUCCUUCUCAGAGCAGGGUUCUGGGGAUGGCUGGCAGCCCACAGGCCGCAGGAAGAAUCGGAAAAACAAAGAGACUGUCCGGCACAUCACGCAGCAGGUGGAGGAUGACAGCCGGGCCAGCUCCCCAGGGUGCCCCUUCCUCCCGACGCCAGGCUGGCCCUUCAGUAGCCGAGACCUGAGUACGGACCUGACUGUGGGAGAAGCUAGCAGCUCUGACAGCCGUGGGGAGAGGCCAGAGCUCUACACACAGGUGGACGAGGGCCUCUUGGGGGGAGAAGCUGGCUUCCUGGGCCCACCCCUCACCCCGGAGAAGGACGAUGCUUUGCAACAGGCAACCGCUGUGGCCAACCUGCGUGCAGCACUCAUGAGCAAGAACAGCCUGCUGUCCCUCAAGGCCGACGUGCUGGGGGACGAUGGCCCCCUGCUUUUCGAGUACCUGCCCAAAGGUGCCCACUCACUGUCCCUGAACGAGUUCACGGUGAUCAGAAAGAAGUUCAAGUGCCCCUACUGCAGCUUCUCAGCCAUGCACCAGUGCAUCCUGAAGCGGCACAUGCGCUCCCACACUGGCGAGCGGCCUUACCCCUGCGAGAUCUGCGGGAAGAAGUUCACGCGGCGCGAGCACAUGAAGCGCCACACGCUGGUCCACAGCAAGGACAAGAAGUACGUGUGCAAGGUGUGCAGUCGCGUGUUCAUGUCUGCUGCGAGCGUGGGCAUCAGGCAUGGCUCUCGGCGCCACGGUGUGUGUGCAGACUGCGCUGGCCGUGGUGUGACAGGGCCUCAGGACCAUGGCGGUGGGGGUGGUGAGGGCUCCCCGGAGGCACUAUUCCCCGGUGAUGGGCCCUACCUGGAGGACCCUGAGGAUGUGCGUGGUGAGGGCGAGGAGCUGGGUGAGGACGGCGAGGGCCCCGCCCAGGAGGACGCACUGCUUGGGGACAGGGAUGAGGAGGACUCACCGAGGCCCCGCAGCCCCUCAGGGGCCGACAAGGACUUCACUUGGAUCUCUUAGACCCACCCCACGGUCCGCCUGCGUGCAUAUCUCCAUUGGUCUCCACUCUGGGGCCAAACUGACCCCUCAUGGUCCCUCCUCUGGGGCCCCCCGUGGCCUCCCCACUAUAGAAACCAGCCCUGUGGGCUAAAAAGCAGGUUGGACCUGGUGCAAGGGGAGCCUGGGGGGCCACAGCGCAGCAAGCUUGGUGGCACAGGGUGGCUUUGAGCACAGCGGUGCAGGGGCAAGACCACAGCAGGUGCAUGUGGGGCUCCCUGGGGCCUGGCUCAGGAGCCACAGUGGCCCAAGGCCAGGUCACAAAUGUGGCCAAGUCCAGGGGUCUGGGCAGGUGUCUGGCCUACCCUCGCCCUCCCCUGGGCCUAGCCUGGCCCCCUUCCCUCAGCAGCCAGGUUACAGCUGUGGCUGCAGCAGCUGUAGAAUCCAGGUGUGGUGUGCACAGAAAGCCGUGACCCUCUUUCCUCUGGGCUCUGGUGCUUACACAGUAGAGGCUGCCUUCCUCGCUGGAGGCCGAAGGCUCCAGGUGCUAUAUCUUUGGGUGAUGAGGCCAACCUAGGGGCUGACUGGCCCCUGUGCGCCCCCUUCAGGCCACGGCUCCGUGGUGCGCACGUCCUGGGAGACCCUGGGGCCGCCCUGUCCAUGCCCCACAGGCCCUGCUGCUUUUGGGGAGGGGGGCCGGGAGGCAGGGUCUCCUGCCCUUGUUGCUGCUAGCGCUGGAGGUGGGUGUCCUAACUGCAGUCUGCUGCUUACACCUCCCUGCGCGGGAACCAAAUUUCUAAGUAGUCAGAGACAUAUCGAGGUAGUGACAUAAAAUUAUUUUGUUUGGCAUUAUUUUCCUCACUUGACAAAACUAUAUGGGUUGAUUUUCCUUUAGCGUGUGUUCAAGUCCUCUUGCUGUAUUUCUUAAGGGGCUCACGUGUUCUCUCCUUCUGAGUGAAAAGCAAAGGCCCUGUCUUGGGCACCCUGGCUCCAAGGGCUGGGAGACCCCAUCCAGCUGUUAGUCCAACUGUUUCUGACUGCUCUUCACUGCUGAGAUGUCCGUCUCCCACCGCCUCCUUCCUGCGCACUGCAGUGUAGUGCUCUCCAGGUGAGAGGUAGAUGCCGCUGACCCCUGCCCCCCAACCUGUGCAAAACCUCCUUGGGGUUUUGAGGAUUGGCGCCAACCAGAGAGUUUCUAUUUUCUCCUUUUCUGGACUGUAAGCAAGACUGGCUUUUGCCAACUGACAGGCAGAGUGAGUGGCCUGGACACCAGGCCCUGAGCCCUAGCCUCCCCUCCUGUGGCUCAGAGAGCGCCAAGCUAGCCCUGUGGGUGCUCAGGAGCCCCGCAGUGUUUGGGUUCUGUGCCACAGGGAGAAGGCAGCUUUUGUUUUUUUAAAUCAGCCACUGUUUCUACUAAUUCCAACAAGGUGCUGCAGCUGCACAUACACCUCCGUCAGCCAGGACGGGUUGCCACACACCUCGAGGCCGGGGCCAGAGUUUUUGGAGAAAGAGGGCUAAAGCUUCUCCACACAUGGAGUGUGGACACAGGUGCCUGGGAAGCUCUGGGCCUCUCUUCUCCCUGCCCAGGAUCUUCCUGCAGCGGGUAGGCCCUGGAGCAUGCUCCCCAGUGGAACAACACAGCCAAGUUCCCGUCCACCAGGGAAGUGCCAAGCUGACCCCCUCACCCUGGGCCAGCUUGGUCAGACCUGAGAAGACUCUCAGAACUUUGGACCUCUCCCUCACGUCUCAAACCCUUUUUCUAAACAGACUUUCUUAUAAAAUGCAUUUGGAAACCAGACCUUUGCUACCAAUAGGUGUCUCUGGGUUUUGUACCAGUUGCCACCUCUCAGGCCAUGCACCUAGUACCCCCACCCUCAGCCCACCUCCCACAAAGGGCGCCUUCGCCUCCACACUCAGGAUGUUCUACUCCCUCCCCAUCUGGACCGCCUUUGCUGACUUUUUGGGGGAUCCCUGUUGGUGCCACAGGGGCGUUUUCUUCCUUAAACCAACACUGUAUAAGACCAGGGGUCCUCUUCCCACCCCUAGUUCCCUGCGUGGCUGUGGCAGCUCAUCACGCUCACUCGCGGUUUGCCGACUGGAGAAUGUGGGGUUUGAAAGACCCGGUGAACAUGUCCAUCUCAGGAGGCAUAGAGGGAAAAGACAGGCGUAAUGAAGGUUUUUUUU